AUGUAUAGCUUUACAUCGCGAACUGAGGGUGGUAUAUAAAGACCGAGCUACACUGACAGAUUGUUGGCCGGUGAGCUCUCGUGUGAGCAACACUGCAGCGAGUAACUCAUUUCCCAAAAAUCUACUCUUACAAUCAUUGGAUAACCGGCCAAACAAGAUCUACCGUUACGAUUCUACCUCACACAAAAGAUUGCUAACCACGUUUUAUACCGACAACUAUUCAGCCAGGGCCGACUGUGAUAAAAUUGACUCCGAAAGCAUACCUUGUGAUAGUCUACAGUUGUGUGGACUGUGUCUAUUUAUAUUCUUUGCUGGAAAACAUCACUGAAUUAAUAUUGAGUUGUUUUCGUCUUAAUUUAUAACAGUGAUCAUCCGAUCGGAAAAAUGAACAUGUUAAUGUGUUGUGAGACUGAACAGCUCCGGAGAGCUUACAAAGAUCCUGUGUUACUCGAAGAUGACCGUGUUCUCAACAACUUGCUAAUAACCGAAGAUCGGUACCAACCAUCACCAACAUACUUCAAAUGUGUACAAACAGACAUUAAACCAUACAUGAGGAAAAUGGUCGCCGAAUGGAUGUUGGAGGUUUGUGAGGAGCAGAAAUGUGAAGAGGAAGUGUUUCCUCUGGCCAUGAAUUACUUGGACAGAUUUUUAUCAGUUAUGGACAUUCCCAGGAAUAAAUUACAACUUCUUGGAUGUGUGUGCAUGUUUCUGGCAUCUAAAUUAAAGGAGACCAAUCCACUUACGGCAGAAAAACUCAUCGUCUACACUGACAAUUCUGUAGGAAUCGAGGAAUUGAUGGAUAUGGAAUUAAUCGUUCUUAAUAAACUUAAAUGGGACCUAUCCGCUGUGACACCUCAUGACUUUCUGGAACAUGUUCUAAGUAGACUUUGUAUGGACAAAGAAAGAUGUGACUUGAUCAAGAAGCACGCGCAGACAUUCGUGGCACUGUGUUCUACUGAUUGUAAAUUCAUGAUGUAUCCUCCCUCCAUGAUUGCUGCCGGUAGUGUAGGGGCCGCCGCUCAUGGUCUGCUAAAAACCAACGACCUCAAUGUACAGUUGUUACAGAGACUGCACGAGAUCACGAGCAUAGAUGUGGACUGCCUACGGUCAUGCCAAGAACAAAUCGAACAGACACUAGCCACAAAUUUAUCCAGCAUGGCGCAAACGUCGGAAGCGCCGAUGGUAAAAGUUGACCACAACCACCAUCAUCACUUGGAGGGUCAACCAACAACACCGACCGACGUCCAAGAUAUUGUGUUUUGAAUUCUAAAAGGAGACAAAAACUUUUGUUCCAUUCGCUGCCAAGAAACUUUUGCAUUUUGAGUCGAACCAACGAAUAUAUUAUCAUGUAUAGGAACUUUUGAAAUUUUUUCUACUUGCGACCAGGAGUGUGCGUUUCUGCUGCUCCAAAAACUUUGAUACGUGAUGCCACAUUUGAGAAACCCAACGAUGUCUACAUAAGUGACAUCAGUGGUUUGUGUGUUCAGACUUUUUCUCAUAAAACGUCAUCAAGUUGAGCGUUAAUAUGUGACAUCAGAGUAUUAUGUGUUCAAAAAAAUGUGAUAAAAAUAAUAUAUCCCUUUCCGAUGUCGCUACUAACGCUCGCUUGAAAUCAUUUCAUUCACAUGUCUCAAAUUCGAUGGGACCAAAAAACCCCGCGAAAAAUGUUUUCAAAAGUUUUGUUAUCCGACAGAGGUAUUGAAACCUUCAUAUGUUAUUGUAUAUAAUGUUGCUAUUAAGUUUUCAUGUUAAAAAUACCAUUGACACAAAAAUGUAUUUUCGCUAAUUCUCCCCUUUCCCCGUUGUUGUGUUACCUCGGUCACAAAUAUUCACCAUUUCAGUUUGAUCAAUAUUUUUUUCUUUUUUUAUUUACAUAUACGUUUUGAAAAAGCCUUUCAUCUGGUCAAAUUUUGUAUUGAAUUAUGAAUUUUUUAUAAAUUCUUUUUUUUUUUAAUGACAAAAAUUGCAAAUAGUGAAUUGAAGAGACCGUAGGUUUAAACUUAGUGCUAUGAAAUAUUGAGAUCGACGUGUUAUUUUCGAGUGCAACAUGGGAGGGUUUUUGAAUGGAGGAAUAUUUUCAAACAUUAACAUACUGGUAUCAUCGAAAUUUCAAGUAAAGCUUUUCAUCAACUCAUCGAAAAAGGUAACGAGGAGAUCCACCGAGGUCUCCCGUGAAAUGUGUUCAAAUAUAUAUUUAUUUUAUAUUUAAGUUAAAAUAUUUUUUUCAACUUAGUUGGAAAAACGAUGCAUUUUGAUAUUUUGAAUUAAUUUAUUUAUUAAUGAGGACCGUAAGAUUGGAAGUCCGCUGUAUUCCUUUCGUGCAGGAGAGCGUGGUAUUUGUGCCAUUGUAUUUGCUUAUGAAAAUUUAAAAUAUUUCUAAUUGUGAUAAAAAAAAGAAAACUAUCCCAAACUAUCUUUACCUCUGAUUGUUCAUAGAAAGUUUGGAAACUUGGGUAUCUUUGAUCCGUGUGUUCUACCUCGGCUCAACCGAAUCUUUCCCGUUAUCAGUGACAGACAGACUUGGUCACAGUGGCCCUAUGAAAACGAAGACGUGAAACGGCUACGCUAUGGUGUAGAAAGUGUUUUGUGUUAUGAAAUGCCUAUCCAAUUAUUAAGUAAAUAUGUAUGUAUACUGAAAAUCCAAUCUAUUUACUAUUUUACUUGCGAUUUGGUGAAGAAGAGAAUUUGUAUUUAUUUUUUUAAUGAACGAAUUGCCCCAGUCGUUUGUAAUGCAUGUCAGAGCGCCGAACCCUAGUUUACAUAUAGGGCAGUUUGGGGUUUGUCGGAUCCUCAUAGGCAACUUCUGUGCUUUUUUUCAGAACACAGGAAUUGUAUUGUUGGACAGGGGGCGCUCUCGUACACUUUUUAUCCCGCUUUAUUUUUGUGGCAGUAUUUUUUUUAUUUUACAUAAAAAAUAAGAAAUGAUAGGCAGUGGCAAUAGAUAUGAUAGAAUUAUUGUCUUUCAAGGUUAAACUGCAAAGCUAAAACGUCUGUGAUAGAAUUUAGUUAACUUUGAAUCUACUGUACCGUACAGACUUUCGAGUUGACUGGUACAAAUCUUGUACAAUUUUCGUUUUGCGAGAGUCAUAAGCCCGAGAGUAUGGUGUAUUAAGUAUAAGUGUGUGAAGUUCAGAGUUAAAGAAGGCGUAUGAUGGGAAUAUAUGAAGAUGUAGGAGACGUGAAACAUCUUUUAGAAUAUCAAAUUAAUUCACUUUUUUUUGUUGGCAAAUUCAAAAACCGGUUUGGAUAUUUAAUUUUCAUUUAAAUAUUUUAUUUCAAAUUAUGUAGAAUCAAAUCAGAUAAUCUACAUUUUAAUUUUAUUUGAAAAUAGAUUUAUAUCAAAGAAAGUGAAAUGUGUGUUAAAACGAUCUAUUAAGUCUCGGGAGCUCAGCUCUAUAUUCUAUUGGUUUGUUGGUCACGUGCUCUGUUGUAUACGAGUGAAAUGCGGUUAUUCGGUUACAAUCCGGAAAUCGUUUUCGAUUUUAGAUGGUCAGGAAAUCUCGGGAAUUGUCAGAGGGUGUGGUUUUAUACCUUUCCUGUGUGAAAGGAGGGACCAAAUGUUUGGGACGGGGGCCGAUUUGUCGUCCCCUAAACCAAAAACAAAACUGAGCUAUUUUGUUUUAUAGAAAGAAAUAAAAUAAAAUGUUCAAAAUUCAAAAAAUA